UUAUGCUUUGGUAUUAUUAUUACAAUACGUCCAUACUUUUAUGUCCGUGUCUCAUAUUUUAAUCUAUUUGAUCUGAAUUUUAAUUCUAAAAUUAUUGUUACUGGUUUUAGAUGUGAAAUGUUAAAAUUAGAUCCGAUCGAAUGUGUAUGGAAAUGAAUUUGCAGACCUUAUUCCAAGAUUUCAAUCCUAGCAAAUUCGUCGUCCACAGCUGUUUACUUAUAUUCACUGCUUUAUUAGCUUUGAAAUUAGAUAAUUCAAUAACAUGGUCCUACUGGGCAGUUUUUACACCCAUUUGGGUUUGGAAAUUCUUAGUAGUUUUGGGUGCAACCGUUGGUACCUAUGUUUGGUGGCAGUAUCCUCAUUUCAGGUUAGAGGGUGAGGCAUAUAUCCAUUACAAGGCUAUGCUUAUAAGUCUCGCCAUACAUUUAAUUCUAUUAAUGUUUGAAUUGCUUGUAUGUGAUCAGUUGACUACAAAACGCCAUGUAUGGAUACUGGUGUUUAUACCAUUAAUUUUUAUAAGUAUAGUUUCCAUUGCCAUCUGUAUAUGGUCUGUAAAACAUGAUCGUAGUUAUGAGCUGGAGUUGUUUUGUGCUGUAAAUAUCCUUCAGUUUAUAUUCUUGGCGUUGAAGUUAGAUGAUUUUAUCAACUGGUCAUGGGAAGUGGUGUUUGUCCCACUUUGGAUACUAAUGUGUCUCAGCUUAGUAGGAGUGUUGUACAGUAUAAUAUUUGCUGGUAUCCUUCUGCGUACUCCCGAAGUGAACAUGCAACAACGACGUACCAGUUUUAAUUCGGCGCUAGCAUACACAUUUACUGUGAUACCAAUACUGGUGUUUCAGGUGCUGUUAACUAAUAAAUUGGAUGACGGUCUCGCACUGUCCUACACUGUAGUAGUGAGUCCGCUUUUUGUCAGCUACGCCACACUCAUUAUCAUGUCAUUCAGUUCUAAAGGUGGUAAUAAAUGGUGGUUUGGAAUCAGAAAAGAUUUUUGUCAGUUCCUGUUAUCGGUGUUUCCACUUUUACAAGAAUAUGCUAAUAUAGCUUAUAACAACAACGUAAAUAGAGGUUCCAAUGGGAUGUCAAACGAGCCUGUCAACCAGGAGCCAUACAGGGAUGAGGACACUCACAGAAAGGUGAAAGAUAGCAAAAAGUCCAAUAAAAAUCAAAAGAAGAACGAAACCAUGAAACCAGUAGUGCCUGUUACUAGUAUAGAUAUGCCAGAUUGAGGAUUCAUAUAAUAGCUUUACUGAAACGCUGACAUGUGUGUUCACUCGUUAGAUAUUUGUUUAUCAUGUAAAUAUUGGCUUAAAUUAUAACAGAGCAAUAUUAAACAAAUUGUUAAGUUUUAUAUUAGCACUAAGCCCUGUUUUGUCUAUACUUUAUACAAGAGAUAUUACGAAAUUACGAAUAUUCGUUUACUGUUUUCUGAAAUUAGAGUAAUGCUUUCGUGUUCUAUAUUGUAAUGUGUAUAUGUUCUCCUUCCUUGACUGACUUUAUCUAUGAUCUAUUUACUCCUUUCUAUUGUAAUAAAGUUAUUGUUAUAAUAGUUAAUAAAUAACAAUUUAAUGACUAGUGAAAUACAUCCUAAGAAAUUACGAUAAUAAUGUAUUCAUUAAAAUGUUCUUGAAUUCAGGUACAGGUAUAAUAUACAGGUGUAUUAAAUGCAUAAUAAAAUAACUUACAUCUCAUUGCGGCAAAAAUCAAACGAAAGGUUAAUGAGGAAUUGGCGUCGUCUCAAAUUUGUCAAAUUCGUAUAGAACACUUUAAAGAAUGUAUGGCUACACGAUAGCCUAGCUAUACAAUUUACACGGAGUUUACCGGAAGGCAAAACUGUAUGGCUACUGCGUGCAUGCGUCUAUCAUCCCAUAUAUAAAUCCCCCUGUAUUAAGUUGACUGACUAUAAUAUUUACUAUAGUUUACAGCCAGGACCAUUCUAUUAAUUUAUAAAUGUCUCUACUAGAGUGUUUAUAUGAUAAUGAAGUAUAUUUCUAUAUAAUUUUUGACAACUGAUAUUUCAAGAACACUUCCGAAAGUUUUAAAAAUAUAAUAAAGUAUUUAUUAAAAAAAUGCAAAACCAACACAUGAAUACAAUUUCAAAAUAUUCUCAAAUCUUGUGUUGAAUCAUCAUUUAAACAUCCUAAUUUAUAAUUGAGUACCAUUACUGUUGCAGAAAUGUAACAAUUUAAUUAAUUUUAAUGUCGAUUUACCAUAAUAUUUUUGGUAGGCUUCCCUAUAUUAUUGCAUAACAUUACGCAUUAUCAUAUCUUUUUCACUAAAACAAGUUUGUUUCACUUCUUAUUUUUGCUAAGCCGUCUGCACCUAGGCCAGUGUUGCCAAUGCCAAAUUACAAUUCUCCGUAGUGUAGAUAUUUUGUAUCUAGGUAGAUAUGUGGUAGUGAGUUUUCCGUAGUUCUAGUGUCUGUUCUUGUGCCUAUAACAUAAUAUUUAAAACUAGAAAUUAUAUUUUAUUUUUAUAAUUUUCUAUAAAUUAUUUUUCAGGUGCUGUAUGUAGUAGAGUGUUUAAGUUACUCUUGUAUUUACAGAAUGUUAGCGUUAAAAUUUUUGUUGUUUAGUAUAAAUUUAUAUCAACAAAAAAACCUUUUUUACACUGUUGAGGGUACACACUAUUUAUUUCAAGUUUUUAAUAGCCAAUGAACAUCAAUAUGAAUUAGUUGAAAUCUUAUGUAUAGAUAGGUAUUUUUAUCUAGGAAAGUUUUAAUAAUAUUAAAAAUCAUAUCAAUUGAUGAAAAGAAGCAAUUGUUUUAUGUAUAUAUAGAUUUCAUAUACCUAUAUUUUUUGUUCCAUUUUGUUUGCAUCUGAAAUAUUGGCUUUAGACAUCGCUUUAUAUUUUCAACGUAAUAUUUGUUCGACAUCACGAAUGUUACUCAUUAUUUAUUAUUUUGUAACUAGUGUCGCCAGUAUUUCUUUAAAUAGUAUUUUUAUUUCUCUAAAUUUACUAAGAAUAUACUAAGAACUUAGCACGAACAUGUAUAUUUGCCAACACAAAUGAUAAAGCUUUCCAUUAUUUGAAUGUUGUUCGCUUCACUUGAAGUUCUAAUAAUAGUAUUGUUAUAUUUAAUUAGAAUUAGUAAAAAAAAAAAAUACCAGUUCCUUGCAAUAAAGUAUGGAUAAAUGUUUUAACGAUUGCGCACAUUAAACGAUUCAAAGUAUUUACGUUAGUAAAUCUAGACAAUAUUAUAUUAGUAGUUUGAAAUUAACAAUGGGCAAAAAGUGGCCUUUUAUUAUGGGAUAGAUAAAAAAAAUAAAAAUCCGCAUGUUACUAUUGUGUUUAAAUAGUUAAUUUACAUAAGAGGCAUAAACGUAAUAUAUGCUUAAUUUUCGUUCUUACAGUCUACAAUAAAAAAAAAAAGUUAUGUACAACAAUUAUAUUAUACGUAAAACUGCUUGAAACAAUUAUGAUCUAUAAGAUGAACUAACGGCCUAUGUUCAACAGUGGAUAGAUAACGGCUAAUAUCACGAUGAAGGUGAACCAAACUUUUAUUAAAAAAAAGAAAGUGUUUGGGACACAUCACAAUGGCUGUUUAAUAUCGACUUAUAGUACCUAUUCAUAUCGAUAAAUAAAAUAACAACCUUAAACGAAUUAUAGAAUAUUGUAGUUCUAAUGGUUUUCGAUUUUAUAACUUUAUUUUUUAAUGAAGUGGUACUAUGAAGUGUUGUUCUGCUAUGCAAUACGAUAUUAGCAGAAAUGUGAGACAAACCACAGUCUUGCCAUGACGCGAGUCUUUUUAUGUUUUAUUUAAGAAUAUACUAUUAAUUAAGAAUGAAUAAAAUUGUAACAGAUGUACUUUAAGAACAGUAUGAUAUCAAAUUAUAACAUAUUGUGUUGCUGAGUUAACAGCAUUUAUAUUUACUACACUAUUGUUUUAAUACAUAUACGCUGAAUAUAUAUUACUGUAAAUAUGUCUUUAUAAAUCACCAAAAACAGUACAUUAGGACCUGUGCAAACAAGGGAUUUGAUAACAACAUAUCUAUUAAAUAUUCCUGGAUUCUAUGACCCGCACACAGCAGCUUUGCUCAGAACAAUUCUAGACAAUUUUUUAUGGAAAUUUUAAAUGCCGUAUCUUUUUCGUUAGAGAAAUAAAGUAUAACUUUAUUAUAAUAUAUACUUUAUUUCUCUGACGUCUCUUAUGGCACGAAAAUAAUGUUUUUUUUUUUUUGACGUAGAAGACAAUAAUCCUGUUAUGUCUCUUAAGGAUUCGCCGCGAACUCGUGUACGAUACACAAUGUAUUGUAAUUAUCGUUCAUGUUCUGUUAUACAUGUUUUGUCUUUAGUUUUUAUUUUUAUACAUUCUAUAUUUAAUAAUUAUUUCUUUCUUUGUUCUGUUUUAACCAAGUGCACCAAGGAUUCCCUCGUUUCACAAGUCCAUAAAGUGAUGUAUAGAAUUGAUUUGUGAUGAACUGUAUAUGUAAUAAUAGAGUAAUAAUACUUUUAUUCUUUUCAAAAUUUAAUACGUUGUGCUUAACCCUUCUUUGCAUAAUGGUGGAAACUUCCAUCAUAACAUUGAAUGCCCAAAAAUUAUAUAAAAGAACAAGUUCACUUUAAGUUAAUCGUGUCUGGAUACCUUUUUAAUGUCCAUUGCAGAAAAAAAAACAUAGCUGUCAAAUUUAUUUUUUAACCAUUUUUCCUUUAAUUUUGAACAUGAAUUAUAUCACCUUGAUUUAAUUCACCAAUAAAAAAAAUCAUGCAAUGAAGGGUUAAAAUUGAUUAGGUAAAUUACAUAAUAUUUCGUGAUGGACUACCAUAAAAAAAUAAAAGUUGGCAAAACAGACACGGUAAUAUUGUAGGUGUUCGUGAUAAAAAAUGCGGGGUCUGUAGCUAAAUUGUAAUCGUAAAAUUUCCACCACAUAUUUUGAUAUACGAGGUUUGUCCGGAAAGUACGUAUAAAAGUUUUUUAAAAAUUUUAUUUUACAAUUAUUCAGGUAAAUCAAUUUUAUCCCCUUCAAAUCCCCCUGUGACAUAAUGCACUUGUGCCAACGCCGUUUCCACUGUGAGAAGGCUCCUUGAAAGUCCUCUGGUUGUAGGUUUCUCAGCUGCCCCGUCGUAGCUUUUUUUAUCUCAUUUAUGUCCCCCAAAUGCCGCCCCCGAAGUACCAAUUUGGUUUUGGGAACAAGAAGAAGUCACACGGGGCCAAAUCCGGCGAAUAGGGGGGUGUUCGGUCACCGUAAUGGAAUUUUUACUCAAAAACUCACGGACAACAAGAGAGGUGUGGGAAGGGGCAUUGUCGUGGUGAAGAAUCCAACGCCCUCUCGCGCCAAUUCUGGACGAACUCGUGCCACACGAGCUUUGAGGCGUCUGAGCACAUCGACGUAGAAUUUUCCAUCAACUGUCUGGCCUGGAGGGACGAAUUCUUGAUGGACAAUCCCCCGAACAUCGAAAAAAA